AUGUGCUUCGGCUCAUCCUCCAACUCAAAAGAGAAAUACCCACCACCGCGCCGUGUCGCAUACGGCAGUGACUACGAUCGGUACAUUCGAGAUUAUGAUAAGUACCAAAAAUCCUACGCUAAGAGCAUCGAGCAUGAUAAGAAAAGGGCGCGGAGGUCUCGCAAUGGACUUGUGGCUGUGACGGCGGCGGCUGCUGGGGCUGGUGGAGGGGGUGGAGGUGGAUGUUAG